UGGCGAUCCCUAAAAACACAGAAAGCCAGUGGAGAAGUUCACGAUCAUCAAUGGGGUUUCUCUACAACCCUAGUGUGCUAAAAGGGUUUCAUUACAAUCAGCCCAGUGUGCUAAAAGGUCGGACAGAUGUUGUUUCUCUGUCACCUUGGCUUGCUCCAAUCAUUUGGGAGGGGACUUUUGACCCAGAACUGGUUGAUUUCAUCUACAAACAAUAUAACUUCACUAUUGCCACUACUGUCUUCGCUUUGGGAAAAUACACACGAUUCCUCAAAGAUCUUCUGGAGUCAGCGGAGCAGCAUUACUUUAUUGGAUAUCGAGUGCAUUAUUACCUGUUCACAGAUAAACCAGAAGCAGUUCCCGAAGUGAAGAUGUCAGAAGACCAUCGUCUGACCAUCAGGAAAGUCCCCAGUUUGGACAGAUGGCAGGACAUCAGCAUGGGCAGGAUGGAGAUAUUGGAAAAACUUAUAGUUAAUGAACUAAUAAACGAAUCCGACUUCAUUUUCUGCCUUGACGUGGAUGCUAAGUUCUAUGGCCGCUGGGGAGCAGAGACUUUGGGUCAACUGGUGGGUAUAAUUCAUCCCUGGUUUUAUGAUUUUCCGAGGAAUAAAUUCACGUAUGAACGAAGACGGGAAUCUGCAGCGUUCAUUCCUGAUGGAGAAGGAGAUUAUUAUUACACGGCUGCUGCAUUCGGAGGCGUGUUGGAGGACGUUUAUCAUCUGACUAAAAGCUGCCGUCAGCAGAUGAAUAUCGAUCGUGAAAACUCCAUAGAGGCCAUAUGGCAUGAAGAGUCUCACCUGAACAAGUAUUUCCUUUACAAUAAACCCACAAAGCUGCUGUCUCCAGAAUACCUGUGGCGAGAUAUUAACAUCCACGCGGAUCAAAUCAAAGUAGUUCGAUUUUCUCACAUCGCUAAAAACAAUACUGAAAUUCGGUCGCGUCUCUAG